GCAAUGUCACAGCUCUACUUUCGCAGAACAGACCACUUCUCAUACAGGGACCGAAUUCCGCUGCGCAUUGUUCGAGCCGAGUCUGAGCUGUCACCACUGGAGAAGGCCUACCUGUGUGCUGUGGAGAAGGGAGACUAUGCCAGCAUCAAGCAGUCUCUGAUAGAAGCUGAGAUAUACUUCAAAAUCAACAUCAACUGCAUAGACCCUUUAGGACGGACGGCUCUGCUUAUUGCCAUUGAGAAUGAGAACCUGGAAAUCAUUGAGCUGCUGCUCAGUUUUAACGUGUAUGUGGGGGAUGCUCUCUUACAUGCCAUCAGAAAGGAGGUUGUGGGAGCCGUGGAGCUGCUUUUAAACCAUAAAAAGCCCAGCAGGGGCAUGCAGGUUCCUCCAAUUCUGUUGGACAAACAGUUCUCAGAUUUCACUCCUGACAUAACACCCAUAAUAUUGGCCGCACACACCAACAACUAUGAGAUCAUCAAGAUGCUGGUGCAGAAAGGUGUAUCCAUGCCCCAACCCCAUCAGGUGCGUUGCAACUGCAUGGAAUGUGUGUCCAGCUCAGAUGUUGACAGUCUGCGACAUUCCCGAUCCCGUCUCAACAUCUACCGGGCCCUGGCCAGUCCCUCACUCAUCGCACUCUCCAGCGAGGACCCCUUUCUGACUGCCUUCCAGCUCAGCUGGGAGCUGCAGGAGCUAAGCAAAGUGGAGAAUGAAUUUAAGUCAGAGUACGAGGAACUUUCUCAACUGUGUAAGCAGUUCGCCAAAGAUCUACUUGACCAAACGCGCAGCUCCAGAGAGCUUGAGUUGAUUCUGAACUACAGGGAUGAUUUGAAUCUUCUUGAGGAUGAAGGGAAUAAUGAUCUUGCAAGGCUGAAACUGGCUAUCAAGUUCCAUCAGAAAGAGUUUGUAGCACAGCCAAACUGUCAGCAGUUGCUCGCCUCUCGCUGGUAUGACGAGUUCCCAGGCUGGAGACGUCGCCACUGGGCCAGCAAGUUCACCACCUGCAUGUUCAUUGGCGUCCUCUUCCCUCUCUUCUCCCUGUUCUACCUUAUCGCGCCCAAGAGCCACUUCGGCCUCUUCAUCCGAAAACCAUUCAUAAAGUUUAUAUGCCACACUGCAUCUUACCUGACCUUCCUUUUGCUCCUGCUGUUGGCCUCCCAACACGUGGUCCCAGUUAAUGCUAUGCAGCAGGGCCCAGCGCCCACCACUGUGGAAUGGAUAAUCCUACCCUGGGUUUUAGGCUUUGUAUGGGCUGAGAUCAAACAGAUGUGGGAUGGUGGAUUUCAAGAUUACAUUCAUGACUGGUGGAAUCUCAUGGACUUUGUCAUGAAUUCCCUGUAUCUGGCCACUAUCUCACUGAAGAUUGUAGCCCACAUUAAGUAUGAAGACUGCAAAGAUCGGAAGGACUGGGAGAAAUUGCACCCCACCCUGGUUGGCGAGGCCUUGUUUGCCAUUGCAAACAUCUUUAGCUCCCUACGACUAAUUUCACUCUUCACAGCCAAUUCCCACCUCGGCCCCCUACAGAUCUCUCUUGGCCGAAUGCUGCUGGACAUCCUCAAAUUUCUCUUCAUUUACUGCCUGGUGCUGCUCGCCUUUGCAAAUGGACUCAAUCAACUAUAUUUCUAUUAUGAAUCUGAUGGCAAAUUUGAUUCCCACAAUGUCACAUGCAAGGGCAUUCGAUGCACAGAGCAGAACAAUGCCUUCACCACUAUGUUUGAGACACUACAGUCAUUGUUCUGGUCCAUAUUUGGUCUCAUUUCCCUGUACGUGACAAACGUCGGCCCCGAUCAUCAGUUCACCGAGUUUGUUGGAGCCACAAUGUUUGGUACCUACAACAUAAUCUCUCUUGUGGUUCUUCUCAACAUGCUUAUUGCUAUGAUGAACAACUCCUACCAACAUAUUGCGGAUCAUGCUGACAUUGAGUGGAAGUUUGCCAGAACUAAACUUUGGAUGAGCUACUUUGAGGAGGGCGGAACACUGCCUCCUCCCUUCAACAUCAUUCCAAGCCCAAAAUCGGUGUGGUACCUCAUUGGAUGGAUCAAGAGCCACUGCUUUAAUGUUCAAAUCAGAAAAAGAACAGAAACAUUUGGAUCACUUGGGAUGCGAGCAGCUGAAAACCUUCGUUCAAAUCGUCAGUAUCAGGAGGUGCUCAGAAACUUGGUUAAGCGGUAUGUGGCUGCAAUGAUCAGGGACGCUAAGAAAGAUGAGGGGCUAACAGAGGAUAACUUUAAGGAACUAAAGCAGGACAUCUCAAGCUUCCGUUAUGAGGUCAUGGGAAUGGUGAAAGGUACCAAACUUGGCAUGCCAAACUCAAAAGUGAGGACAGGAGCUUCGAACCUGGCAUAUCCUGACAAUUCACUAAAGUGCAAUCCUGCUCCUGAUGGAAGUCAACUAAAGGGCAAAAAGAGACUGCAGAGUGUCACCACAUCUAUCAUCCAAGAGGGCGGAACCAAAGCCAAUCUCUGGAAGGCGGGCCUAGCUGAUGGUUCUGUCCCAUACAGGACUGUUGGCUCUGGACUGAGCCAUCAAAUAAACUGCAAAGGGACCAACAACCCAGGCGAGAUUUACUCAGUGUCCGAAGAAGCAGGUGAGUCUGAAACUGAAGAACAGAAUAAUGGUGAACAUGGAGAAAACCUAAAUUGUAGGGCAACUAAGAACAAAAUUAAUGAAACUGAUGAGAGAAAGGAUAAAGUCACUAAGACUAUGGAAAAGGACAAUGAUGGACUCUUACACAUGCGGUAUAUAUUUGAUGAAGUAAUUGAUGAAGCAAACAAUGGAUAG